GAAAUAACCAGCGAAAUGCCAAUUUUUCGGCUGGACAGGUAUCCUUACGUGUGCCGGAUGUGCCUAAAGCCGGAACAGAUCCGGAAGAUGACGUCGCUGGACACUGAGGAUGAAUGCUUCGAGGGGAGUGCCACCUUCGAGGAGUUUCUGGCCAAAAUCACGUUCCCGAUAGAGGAGGAAAGGCGCCAACUCUUUCCGCGCUCGAUCUGCCCCCAGUGCAAGGACCUGCUCCGAACAAUUGCCCGUUUUCACGCUAAAAUUCGCAACGUUCACCUGUUUAUGGACGCUCUGGUGGAGCUGCGGAAUUUCAACACGGCCCCUAUCAAGGAUCUCUUCAAUUCGAAACCAGGCUCCGUCCAGACGAUGCUCAAAGAGCUGAACUUGUGCGCCAACGCUGACUUCCAGGUGGAGGAUCUGAUUGACGAAUUUCCACAGUUUAAAGUUGCCCAACUUCCGGCAGCUUUGAAAGUCAACUAUCUGGACGAAGAAAUCAAAAUGGAAAUAGAAAUAGAGCCGGAAGGUGUCGCGGAGUCGGACAAACGCGACGCGAACAAUGCAUUCGCUGAAGAAUGCUUACUCGAGGAGGUGGUUGAGGAGGUGACAUGGGAAGUUGUAGCUGAGGAAGCAUCCAAGGUAGAUGUUACGCAGAAAGAGGCUGCAAUUAAUCAAACGGAACUCUUAGAUGCUGUAGAUGAUAAAGCUAAGAAACCAACCAAGAAAAAGCCUAAGUUUAAAGCAAACCCGAUCACGGUUGCGAAUAAAAGGAAACGUAUCAAUCUGGAGUUGCUCAACAGCCUCGAACCGGAAGAAAGAGAUUUGGCUCCAAAGGCGGAAGAGCCGCUGCAGUGUCCAAAAUGCCCGUACAAAACAAUCAACACGACGCACUACCAUUCGCAUCAGCUGACGCAUCUGAGGCGUGAAAAUCGGACUUUCCCGUGCAAGGAGCAAGGUUGUGCGGAACAGUUCGCAAAUAGAGCGGGUUUACGCGUACACAUGGAGGCAAAUCAUGUAACGUGUGUCUGCGAGACCUGUGGUCAACAGUGUGGAUCCACCAGUAGAUUGCAAGACCACAUGCGACGGUCUCACGGCAACGACCGGCACCCGUGCGGGUACUGCGAGAAAACGUUCAAGGUAAAGAACGACCUGCACACUCACGUUAAAAAUGUGCACCUUUUGAAGAAUCUUUUCAAAUGUGACACAUGUGGGAUGGAAUUUCGCCGGAAAGUUGCCCUCAAAUACCACCUAGCUACGCACAGCGACGUGUACAACUUUCCGUGCCAGCAGUGCGAUAAAAAGUUCAAAAUUUACCCGUUGCUGCACAACCACGUUAACCGAGCGCACAAGGAAGCAUCGUUCAAGUGUGAACACUGCCUCAGGAUGUUCCACACCAAGAGCUUGUGGUUGGACCACAUCGAGAGCGUACACGAGAUUCAGAUGCGCUUCGUCUGUGAGAUUUGCGUGGCAAAUUUCGAGAGCCAGGAGAAGCUGGCGGCUCACCGAGCCCGUCACGAUAACCCCAAAAAGCUCGAGUGUGGCCAAUGUUUGACGGCGUUUCCGGCCCCGGAACCGUUAGCAGACCAUAUGUGCAUCACAUACAGAGAAGAUUACGUGUGCUGUGGUCGAGAUCUGUUUCAUUUCGUGCAGUACAACAGGCACAUGUUCAACAAGCACGGCGUCAAGAUAAACGCCCGGGUUAAGCCAGAUUUGAGCCUUUUGCUCGGGCAAAUACGCGCCAAAAGGAAACGAAUCUUGAGCUGCCUCAAGUGUGGCAUCAUCCUGUCGACGAGAACACAGAAAAAGCAGCACCAGGAAAAGUGUCUUGGAGGAGAAAAUAAAAGUUGAGACCGUGGAUUUUUUAAUCGAGUUUGUUAAAAAAAAUGUAAAAAUAAACAUUACGAAAGCCGUCAACAUUGUGAGAACCAUUUUUUUAUUGCUCAUCAAUGGAGCACCCGACUGUACCACGCUGUAUGGGUGCCAGAAUGAUCCACAUUGUUCUUAUCUUAUACAAUUAGAUUGCUGCCCGGAACCCGCACAACCACACCACAACGCGUGAAGAAAGGAAGGAAGACUCUUUCAACAAGACCCCCAUCAUCAUCAUCAUCAA